GACGGGCUAUGCAAGGCUUUAUCAACAGUAUCCAGAGUGCUGACAACACGACGCUCUCGCGGAAGCUCACAAAGCUUGCCAAACGCCUCGAUGCGGCUCUGGUGGACGACGCGCCAGCCGAGGUGGUGACCAAGCUGGAGAGCAAGCUCGAGGCGGUCCGGGCCGAGAUCGAGGCCCGGGCAGCGGCGGCGCUAGCCACUCCGAGGCCACACGCAGGCGACAGGAAUUGCAAUCUAGAGGAGCUGUCUGAUGCAGAGCUUGUUCGUCUUCGGGGCAAGUCGGCCCGCAAGCUCACGGCAGCCGUCGCCAAGGGCAAGACGGCCAGAGCUGGCGCCCUGUGUGCGGCGGUGGUGGCGCUUGAAGCCGAGAUGGCACGCCGGGAGCUUGAUGGUGCAGGUAACGAGUCCGAUGGUAGCGACGAUGAGCUGCUGCCAGAGAUCCCUGUCGGCGCCACCAUUCCACGAAACGCGCUCCUCAGCGCGCCGACUCUUGUUCUCGAGCAUCUCGUCGACGGCCACAUGCGGCUUGGACCCGCGGACGAGGCCGUGAUCCACGCCGAGCUGGCGCUGCGGCGAUCGAGCGGCGUAACGCCAGCCAACGUUGGUGAGCACGUGGCCAAGCUGCUCCACGCAGGCAAGCCCGUCCCGACUGCUGUUGUCCGGCGGCUAGUGGCCAUCGCGAUGAGAAGGUGA